AUGACACCAUCUAAGCGAGAGUGCACACUCAGCAGCAGAGACGGGCCUACACGGAAGAAUGAGUCGGACCUGCUUGUUUCCAAACGCGCCUACAGCCGACCGAUAUCGCUUCCUCAAUCGAGCACAACAACGUGCGCUCUUCCGCCGGUUAAAAAAAUAAAACCGGGCGGCGUCUUUCAGGCCAUCAGUCCGACUGUGCGCGUGUCAGGUGCCGCCAGCGGAGGCGACCAGACGCCUGGGAAUAUUCUGCGUAGCGGCAAAAAAAGCAGCAUUGCACCCCGAAAUUCUCUUCCGUCAACUGACAAGGACAGGAACUAUAGCGCGUUCCACAUAGCGUCAGACAGCGGACAGUGCGUCCCGCAGAGGCCUCGCGGCAAGCAGGGUGCACAGAUCUACAGAAAACUUCAAAGAAGCCGCCGCACCCGCAGGUCGGCGGGAGUGGUGUGGAGUUCAUCGACCGAGGGAUUUGUGCCGUCUGGGGUACGCAGAGGAGAGGAGCUCGAGCGGGUUGACGAUGACGCCUCGGCGUACUGCCAGCCGACCUAUGAAACAGAUGACGAGCAGGGCGACAGCAGCUGCUCGAUGUGUCGACCCGGCUGCGCGUGUAGACCCUCUCUGCUUUCUGCGCAUUAUUUGGCGAAGCUUCUCGAGGAAACGAUUUUCCGCCCGACGCGAGUGUUGCCGUUUUUUCGUAACACCAGGGAAUUUCUCUCGGCCCGUCUCGCACAGGGCUCCUCUGAUGAUGUCAUGCCGGUGGAGAGAAAUUGUACUGAUGCCACCACGCUCAAAAUCGCGACACACAGGCCACCGCAACUUCAACCCGGUCUACACUCUUCAAGAUGCGUGGAGGCCAAUCUUCAGUCAAGCCUGAACGUGUCAAGAGCCUGCGGGAAUGUGCCUGACAGCGACUCUGUAAGUCCUCGGCCAGGGGAUGCAGACUCCGACAAAAAGCGGAAGGCGACGUCGUCCGCACUAGCCAGAUAUGAGGAAGUUCCUUUAUUCAUGAUGUCUGCUGAGGAGCACCUUCAGCCGGAAUGGCUUUCACAGUUCACAUCGAUACAAAGUCUCAUGGACAGCUUGGAGCCGGAGGUGAAAUUCACACGGCCAGAAAAGGGUCCCCCUCAAUCCUUGCCACAUACUCGAAACUCGAACAAGGCAACGUUGGGGACAGCAACAGACACUGAGAUCUUUAGGUGGCCAGCCAGUGAGGCAAGUGCAACGGAUUACGUGAGAGAAGGCAUCGGCACCGGGGAGGACUGUUGUCUACGAGGUCGACGUCCCCGCUGCUUCGAUGGACGCUUAUUCGGAAUGGAUACGCACGCGGGUGCACUCCAGAGGAACAGGGUGGUUCUUGUUGAUAAGGAAACGCUCGAGCAGAGCGGUUUGGAUCGCCGUUACAUUGCCCGUCUGACUUCAGCCGUCCGUCAGCUCCGGGGGCGAGAGCGCAGAGCCGAAAGUUCGCGCAGCGGUAACAGAGUGCCAAGACAGGCGGAGGCGCCGGCUUCGACGAACGGUGAAAGGUGUGACAACAACGCUGCUUAUGAGGUCUUGAUGGACUCUCCGCUGCCCAGUGAUUCCCAGUGCUGCACGGACGGGUCGACGGCGUCGUCGCGUCAUGUGCCUGACUCCGGUCGUGUACGUUUGCCGACUCACGAAAACGGAUUGAGCUCUACGCCUGCGCAGCUUGAUGCGGGAGACGAGGUCUCGUCACCGUGCGCUCUGAGUGACGACACGCUCGCACACCAUCAGGGUUUUGAGAGAAAACGAUACGUCUGUCGAGGAAACGCCGACGAAUCGCCGCCACCGGCAGGUCUAGAGUCGGUAGCCUACCUUCUGCUGGCUCGGGUGGCUGCACCAUACACGGACGUGUAA